GAAGCAUCGAAGAAGAAAGAGAUCCAUCUUCGCUUCCCUUAUAUAAUAAGACAUUCUACCAGCGUCAUCUCACAAAUAUUUUCAACAAAACUUCGUUAAACUACCUAUGAUGGAUACUAUCAAGUCCUUCAAGGGCUACGGCAAAGUUGAUCCUGUUGAAGAACAAGCGUUCCGGAAGAGGACCCGGAAGCGUUUGAUCAUUCUAAUAGUGUCUCUCGUUGUUCUGGUUGGUGUUAUCAUUGGAGCUGUUGUAGGAGUUGUAGAGCACAAGGGAAAAAGUUCUUCCGAUUCGGCUCCGUCGUCCGGGUUGACUCCAUCGGCCUCUCUCAAAGCGGUUUGUAGUGUGACUCUAUACCCCAGUUCUUGCUUCUCCAGUAUCGCCAGUCAAGCGGGCGCCUUCAACACUACUGACCCAGAAAUGUUCUUCAAGCUCUCUUUACGUGUCGCUGUUAAUGAGAUGUCGAAGCUGUUGGAAAUUCCAUCUCAGCUUAUGGAGAAAACGGAUGAUGCUCAAGUUAAAGCUGCUUUGACAGUUUGUGAAACAGUGUUUGAUGAUGCAGUGGAUCGGCUUAACGAUUCUUUGUCUUCUAUGGAGGUUGCUGAGGGAGAGAAGUUGUUAUCCUCAUCAAAGAUUGAUGAUAUGAAGACUUGGCUCAGUGCUUCAAUCACCGAUCAAGAGGCAUGUUUAGAUGCUCUUAAUGAGCUAAACUCAACACAUUAUGGAAACUCCUCUAUUCUAGAAGAUAUUAAAACUGCCAUGGAGAACUCUACCCAGUUUGUGAGCAAUAGUUUGGCCAUUGGAACAAAGAUAGUUACUUUAUUGUCUGAGGUUAAUGUUCCUAUUCAUCGGAGGUUGCUCGGUUUUCAAAGAUCAGAUUCUUCAGGGUUACCGCGAUGGGUUAGCGCCGGAGAUAGGCGGCUCCUCCAGGAGAUAAACCCAACACCGAAUGUCACAGUGGCAGCAGACGGCACUGGGAAUUUCACCACCAUUAAGGAUGCAGUAAAUGCGGUGCCUAAAAAGAGUCCAACAAGAUUUGUGAUAUAUAUUAAGAAAGGAAAUUACACAGAGAAUGUGACUUUGGAUAAAAAUAGAUGGAAUGUGAUGAUGUAUGGUGAUGGUACGGCAGAGACUAUUGUAUCCGGCAGCUUGAAUUUCGUUGAUGGAACUCCUACAUUCUCUACAGCUACUGUUGCUGUUACUGGUAAGGGAUUCAUGGCAAGAGACAUGGCUUUCGUCAACACAGCUGGCCCAGUGAAACACCAAGCAGUAGCCUUCAGGUCUGGCUCCGACCAGUCGGUAUUUUACCGGUGUAGAUUUGAUGCAUAUCAGGAUACUCUGUAUGCCCACUCCAAUCGCCAAUUUUACAAGGAUUGUGACAUUACAGGCACUAUUGACUUCAUCUUUGGCAAUGCUGCCGUUGUUUUCCAAAACUGCACCAUCCUGCCUAGGCAACCUCUGGCUUACCAAUUCAACACUAUCACAGCCCAAGGCAAAACAGACCCAAAUCAGAACACCGGCAUUUCAAUUCAGAAGUGUACAUUUGUACCUCUAGACACUACUCUAAUUGCCCCAACAUACCUCGGUAGGCCUUGGAAAGAGUACUCCACCACAGUCAUUAUGGAAUCUGAGAUUGGAUCAUUCUUGCAGCCAGCGGGCUGGAUAGGAUGGGUCAGCAAUGUUGACCCACCCAAUACCAUAUUCUAUGCAGAGUACCAAAACAACGGCCCGGGUGCAAACACCGACCGACGGGUUAAAUGGGCUGGUUAUAAGUCCACUCUCACCGACGCAGAAGCAGGGAAAUUUACAGUGGGAACAUUUAUUCAAGGCAAUGAAUGGUUGCCUGAGACUACAGUUACAUUUGAACAAGGCUUGUAAUAUAAAGCAGUUGGGCAGUGAAGUAGAUAAUGCAUAUGAUAUUGAAUAUACUUAUUGGGUGUAUGCGUUUGUGCUUUUGCAUUUGUUUCUCUUAAUCAAGUAUUAACACUCGUUUUGUAACAUUCUUUAGAUAGAAGUGAAUGCAUAAGGAAACUUCAUGAUGGC